UGGGGUAUAAAAGGCGAGGCCCGCCUGGUAAGAAAUCAUUCCAACUAUUUGACUCUUCAGCUUACUUGCUUCUUCAGCUAACCAGACAAGGAAUUCUUAAAAUGGCCGGUGGACGAAAAUCAAAGAAGGAAGGAGGCAAGAAAGCCCAAAAAUCAACAUCCAAUGCUUUCUCUAUGUUUGAUCAAAACAAAAUCCAGGAAUUCAAGGAGGCUUUCUCUAUCAUGGACCAGAACCGAGAUGGUUUUAUCAACAAAAUCGACUUGAAAGAUACAUACGCUGCUUUGGGGAUCCGUGACGUCAGCAUGGACAAACUUGAAGCAAUGGUCCUGGAAGCGCCGUCUGCAAUCAACUUUACCGUCUUCCUCAACAUGAUGGCUGAUAAAUUACACGGAACCGAUUCCGAAGAUGUCAUCGUUCAAGCUUUCAAACUUCUUGAUCCUGAACAGAAAGGAGUCAUCCACAAAGACUACUUGUCACAACUUCUCAUGACUCAAGUUGACAAAUUCAGCAAAGAAGAGGUCGAGCAAAUGUUCGAAAUCGCACCGAUAGAUGUCGCUGGUAAUCUGGACUACAAAGCACUGUGUUACGUCAUCACCCACGGACAAGAAGAAGAAUAAUCAAUCUUUUACAUUUUAUUCAGUUUUGAAAAUUGUUGGUACAUGACAUAUUGAAAUUAAAAUUUAUGCGAUGUAUUUCAGGACUGUUCAGCAUUUACAAACAAUUUAUUUGCUGGGCUGUACUGUAGAACAUUAUUUAUUAAUGUUAUUACUUUUUAAAAUGAGUAUAUUAUUUGUUUAAUAAGUAUGUACCGACAAUACAAAAACGAUUGAAUUAUA